AUUCUGUCCCUGGUUUCUUUGUUCUUCAUUUCCCCUGCCUCUUUCUUGCUUUAUAUUUUGCCUACUUCCGGCAACAGUCUUCUGGCCAUGGCUUUUGCGAAGAAAACCAUGCUCUUCUUCCUAAUGUUGGCUCUGUUUGGAGUUUCCCUCGGUGCCGUUUACAAGGUCGGUGACUCUGCCGGCUGGACCACCCUCGGUAACGUCGACUACAAGAAGUGGGCUUCCUCCCAUAACUUUCACGUCGGCGACUCUCUGGUUUUCGAGUACCACAAACAAUACCACAACGUGAAGCAAGUGGUCCACCGAGAUUUCCGGUCAUGCAACGCCUCGUCUCCCGUGGCCACCUACACCUCCGGCUCCGACUCCAUCACCCUCAAAAGAGCCGGCCAUUACUACUUCCUCUGCGGUACGCCCGGCCACUGCCAAGCCGGUAUGAAAGUCGAUAUUUUGGUCACAUCACCUUCUCUUCGCCCUGCUGCAAGCCCAGCUCCCCACUGUUUGUCCCCAUAAAGCUUACCUAUAGACUCCAUGGCACCAGGCCCAGCUCAAAGCGGUGCUCCGCCGUCCCACCACC